UGUGAUGUUGUCGUCCAACCUCCUCACAACGAGCCACGGAUUACAACGCUAACGAUAUCGCCAAAAAUUUGGGACUUCCUCGAUAGACAUGCGGAACUUAUCAAUGAUGCCUUACGAACCGUCGAGAUACCCGAAAUCAACAAAAAGAGCGGCUUCAUAAAGUACAGGUUAUGGAAUGGAAAAAUCGAAAACUUCUCGAUACCAAAAGAUGGCAUUUCUUUCAAAGACAUGAAAGGCGGUGUUCAUCUUAGUGUAAAAAACGUGAGCUUCAACGGUAUCACAGCAGCGCAGGUGAAGAUCGGGACGUUACCCAUUAGUGGCCAUAUCAGGAUUUCUUAUACAGGAUUUCAUCCAUGGGUUCGCGUUUGGAAGUAA